CAAAACGGCCGUCUCGCAGAACAGCCGGGAUUUCGGCCGGAAAAAUCGAUAAUUCUUUAAAAAAAGUGCCAUCAAAAGACCAAAGUUUUAAUCUCGCUUAUCAUAAUAACUGAGAUCUGGAGUGACUCUGUAGCUAGUUUUUAAAUUAGGAACCCGACGUAUUUACUUAUGCUAAUUUUAAGGAAAUGAUAUCUUCACAAUUUUUAAUAUUGAUAACAUUUAUCUUAACUAGUCCAACAAAAGCCAUUCCAUGUCAGGAAACUUCGUCACCCGCCCACCCGUACGAUUUCUUCCGGCAGUACUACAUCUGCCACCGGGACGAACGACCUCCGGAUUUCAAUGCUCCCAUCUACCUCCUGUACGAUGUAAAUCCUUCGGAGGGUUUUAACCUUCGGCGAGAUGUUUACAUCCGGUUGGCCGUAUUUCAUAGGGCCUUACGUAAACAGAAAGGCUACGAGAACACCCAGUUGGUUCUUCCCGGCUGGUCCCAGUUGUACCAUUGGCGAUCACACAAUUUGCCCCAGGUGCACAUUCCCUGGGGGCAAUUUUUCGAUUUGCGGUCGAUGCGACGAUACACCAAGGUUUUAGAAACGCAUGAGUUUUUUGCCGAGUAUGAACGGUGGGUUCGCCAAAAGUUGGGACUUCGAAAGGUGGCCAGCAUUAGGAUAAGCGAAUUCUAUCAGCUGCAACAUUCCGAGGACAUGUUCGAGAAUGGGGUGUUUGUGGACAAAUUUGAGCAGGUGGCUUGUUCGAAAAGUGCCGGCCGUCGAAACGAUGCAAUGUCCACCGGGAUCCUUUCCCAUGGGAAUGUAACGGUAGAUGAGCGAUUGUGUAUGAUGUUUCAGGGAGCUGCCUCACUACUGUACUCAAUGUUCGAACGGUUCAACACAAACCCCGUCAAUCUACCGCGGGUCAUCUUCCUAUCAAAUGCGGAAACGAUUCUGCACAACUUCUGGGGCAACGUGGACUAUUGGAAAGCACGUCGAUCGAUGCGUUUCAGUUCCCGUUUGGUUCAGAUCGCGAAUCAGUUCCGACUAGAUUACUUCAAUUCCACUAACGAAUGGGAUCGGGUUCAACGACCAGCCUCGUGGACCGACGAAAAACCUUUUCGGAAAGCUCACGGGGGAAAUUACCUAUGCGCUCACAUCAGACGAGCUGAUUUCUUAUUUGGAAGAGAAAAAACCACUCCUACCCUGCUUUCUGCAUCCAUCCAGAUCAAACGCAAACUGCUGGAACUGGGACUACGAAAAGUGUUCAUCGCAUCUGACUGCAGCAAGGCAGAAUUUCACGACCUUAAAAAUUAUCUCAAACGGUUUAAGGUUGUAAGGUACACUCCGGAAAAUGCUCAACAAAUGGCUGAACUACUCGAUGGAGGGGUAGCCAUCGUGGAUCAGAUUGUCUGUUCACAUGCCAGAUACUUCAUUGGAACAUACGAAUCGACGUUUACCUAUCGCAUCUACGAAGAGCGCGAAAUCUUAGGGUUCCCCAAAGAUUUGACUUUUAAUACGUUCUGCAAGAACGAGGAAGAGACCAACUGUGAGCGGAAUGCAGUCUGGCCGAUACACUACGAGUGAGCGAUCGAAGGCAAAUCAAGCCCUGAAUAUGAAUCGAAAACUUUAUAAGUGACGAUAACUUACUAAUAGGACCAUGUGGAUUUUUGCUCAUCUCUCUAACACCCAGGGAUGCCAACUGGUUUUCAGAAAAGUCUGGAAGAUUUUGAAAAAAAUGUCUGUAAAAGUCUGGAUGGCUAUCUUUGUAGGUGAUGACCUUUUUUUUUUUUUUUGGUCGUCAAAUCGAUAUUGUAGUAGUCUAAGGAGAUCAAUACUAAUUCCUUGAAAAUAAUCAAUGUCUGUGUAUGUGAACGAAAGCUUAGACCCAUCCAGCUGUCAAAAUAACUUCUGUAUUCUGCUUCACAGUGAAUUCAGUCUUGCCGUUAUGAGCAAUUGGAUUUUAAUAGUAUUUUUUUACUAAAACGUUGAGGUUAUAGAAAUUUCUGGAAAAAUCUGGAUAAUUUAUGAAAAGUCUGGACCAGACAACAUGAGGUCUGUAUUUCUGGAUGACACAUGAAAAUCUGGAAGAUUCCAGAAAAAUCUGGAAGGUUGGCAACGCUGCUAACACCUGAAUUAUACUCGAAUAAAACUACAUAUUUAAGAAAAAGUUGAUGUUAUCAUAUCACAGAUAUGUAUUUGAAUUUUGAUUUCUGAAUCUAAAGUUUGAAUCUGAAAUUUUCAUGAAAUCUGCAUCUGAAAUCGGAAUCUGAAUCAGAAUUCUGAACCGAAAACUGAUAUACACAUCUUAAAUCUUUAUCUACAUAAAGAUAAGCUGAAUUUUAAAGUGGAAUCUGAUUCUUGAUUCUAAAAUCUGAUUCCAAAUAAAAAAAUUGAAACUUUUUUUAAUAAAUUGUUAUCAAAUCUGACAAGAAAUUUAGUUUUUAAAGAAUAAAAUUCUUUUAAAAAUUUUAAGAGUCAGACAUACUGCCGUUCUAAGCAAGAUUGUCCCAUGUGGAAAAACGUGCAAACGAGAAAAACGCGAUUGAAAUAUCAGCUAUAUUUCCAAUUUUUCUCUCAAACUAAAAAUUCCCCGUCAGUUUUUUCGUAGUGAACAGUUCAAGUUAAUCAUUUUACAAUGUUUUGUGCCAAAAAAAAUUACAUUUCCUACAAAAAAAACAGCAAAUAAGAGCCAAAAAUGCUCCGUGUGACACUUUUGCGUAGAAUCAGAACGUAUGCCGAUGCUAGUUCUACGAAAAACUGUCACACGGCUACAGUUUUUCUAUCAUUUUAAAAGCUUGCGUAGUUUAUUUUUUCCCAAAAACUCAUGCUAAACCGUAAUUUGAGAAAUACGUUCCUCUUUGUUAAUAAAAAUGUAUAGUUCAGUAUGGAUCCUGUAAGUAGUGCCUACCGAAAAAUGUUUAGUGAAAAUUUCUCUGAAUAAAACACUCAAGGCUUCUCGCUCCUCCUCUGCCCUCUAUUUAAGUGUUUCUUUUCAGUGAAUAACAUUAAAUUCAACAGUUUGAACUCAUCUUAAGAGAAUUUUUUGAUAAAAUUUGCAUUUUUCAUAGAAUUUUCUCUAGUGUGACAUUCUUGCGUAGAACUAUCAACAUAGAGACAACCACCUUGAUGAAAAUUUCGUAUAAGUUCAGAACAAAGUAUACUUGUUUGUGUUUUUAUUCGAAAGUUAACACUAAAAGAUACCGUUUCCAGCAAAAAAGUGAAAAUGACCCAAAAGUCACAUGGGACAUUCUUGCGUAGAACGGCAGCAUAGGUAUGCAAAAUUUUGUGAUACACUGUGAGAUUUGUUUCUUCACAUCAAAUCAUAUAAAUUUUGGUAAUUUAAAACUUAAAAUAGGGCAUAUAGUCUUAGUUACUGGCCCUUACCCCCGAACGGCUGAGCUGAAGGGCUGAAGCUGUUCAAGUAAAAAGAAGAAGAAGAAGAAGAAAACUUAAAAUAAAUUUAUAUAAAAAUUUUGUUAUUUUGCAUGACAUUGGUGUAGUCUUGGUUGUAUUAUUACUAUUUUCAAGCUUUACGUCAUGGCAAUCUGAAUCGUCAUACGAAUUACAGUUUUUUACAGUGAGCAUUUCAAAUCCGAAAACUGAAUCUUCGAUGAUAGAAUUUCCGAAAAUAAAGUCGAAAUUUGAGAAAAAAAAUUAUUUACGCUUCGAAGAAAUUAUAUAACAUCUGGCAUCGCUGCCUGAAGCGUAACGCUGCGUAACCUAAACACGACGCACUUUUUUAAAUCCGUUGAAAAUAUGCAGCGCACGCUCACGCCGAGUCAGCCAAUAUCCGGUUUGGAAAAAUUUAAAAAAAAUGUAUUUUGUUUUUUUCUGUCUAAAACAAACGUU